GCAGAGGAUUGUAGAGCCUUUAAACGGACGCUGCAUUUAACCCGACCCGUUACAGUCGUCAUUACCAACACCAAGGCAUCCCAAAAGAACCCGUUUACUCAGCUGCCAACUUUCUGUCGAAAUCUCAACUUUCCGAUUGCAUAUUCUCCCGAGAAAACACUUUCUCGCAAAAGAAAAAUGCAAACGCCGGAGGACAUUCGUAAUCUCCCAAUCGACAUAACAUUUUCUCGUCUUGGAGAAUGGUUGGUUGAUCGCAAGAGAGUACCGUCGGUUUGGAGAAAGAGACUAGCGGCGAUACGAUCGAAGAUAUCGAAGGAGUUCACGGCCUUGCCUAAGGAUAUUGAUCCCUAUUUUCAGACCCUUGACCCUGAAGGAAUUGGUUACUUAGAGGCCAAAAAAAUAUAUGAUAUUCUUCUUAAGUCGACUCCAGAAAGCCGGAACAUAUUUGGCCGGCUAUCAGGUGCUGCUGGAUCUUGGGAAGCAAUUGUGCAUUCUUUUGAAAAAGAUCAUCUUUUCCUUGGUGAGGCUGCUCAAAUAAUUAUUCAAAAUGUAAAUUAUGAAAUCCCAUAUCAGAAAAAACAGGUGCAAAAGAUUCAGCAGCAAUUAGCUGAACUUGAGCGGAAGGAAGCUGAUAUAAAAAGAAGUGCAGCUUUGUCAGCUGCUAAAUAUGCUGAGGCUUGCCAAGAGCUUGGUUUGCAGGGAAAAAAUGUCAGGCUUGAACUCUUAGAGACUGCAAAUUCACUUCCAAGCACAUUUGGCAGGAUUUUAGAAGUCAUUGAUGGUGAUUCUGUUUCACGGGCAAUCGAAUAUUACUCUAAUUUUGUCAGAGAUGCUCAUACAGAGAAGGAUAAAUCUUCAUUUGCUGUCUUGCUCAACUUGAAAGACAUUCGUGAAAAUCCUCCAUCUUUGAAUGUUUCUGCAGCUUCUGAGAUCCUUGAUUUAGAAAAUACUCAAUUAAGAUCUAAUGAAAUAAACCAUGUGAGGGGAGACAUAGAUGUCAAUGCUGAUACUAUUGAUUGGGAUAUCUCUGUUGACAGUGCUCAGAUUGAUUGGGAUAUUGGUACUUUGGAAGCAACAGAUGAUUCUGGUAAUGGUUUGGGCCCAUAUGAAAUUGUUAAUGCCAGUGAGAUCUUGCAGAAUUCUGCACCAAAUGAAGCUGCAGAAUCUGAUAAAACCCCAUUACACAAAACAGAAGACAAUCCACUUCCUGAAAUUUCUGUGUCAGAUAUAUCCUGGGAUAUUAGUGUUGAAACACCGCAGGUCGAUGUGAUUCACGAUGUCAGCUUACCAAACAUACAAUUGGAAAAUCAGACAUAUGCUCCAGAUACCUUACCUGAUACCCCAGGAAUCCGGGAGGAGAGGAGCCAACUUUUGGAGACAGAGUACAGAAAUAAGAUUCUGGAUGAUUUGUAUGAGAUGAAAGCAUUUUUGAACCAGCGAUUGGUGGAGUUGAGGAAUGAAGACACUUUGUCAUUGCAAAAUCAAGUCCAAGCAGUUGCUCCCUUGGUGCUGCAGCAGUAUACACCGGAUGCCAUCGAGACAAUGAUAUCUGAUGUUUCAUUGGCAGUUUCACUGCUGACAAAUAGAAAAACACGAGAUUUAAUAAUGAUUCUCAACUCUAAACGAUUCCUAGACAGAAUAGUUAGUACAUUGGAGGAGAAGAAACAUCAUGAAGUGAAGUUAAAAGAGGGGUUGAAGGAUGUGGCUGCCAAACGUAUGGAGCUCCAGAAUUCUCUAUCUUCUUCAUGGCCAAAGCAAGAAGCUGCUCUUGCAAAAACCAGGGAGCUGAAGAAGCUAUGUGAAAGUACCCUCUCAUCCGUAUUUGAUGGAAGACCAGUUAAUAUAAUUGGAGAGAUCAAUGCCUUGUUGAGUAGUGGUAUUAGUGCAUAAACUCUGAAGAUGUUAGCUUAGGUAGGAAUGAAACUAGCAAAUGAGAUGUUAGGGAGUGAAUGUUGGCAGAGGCACAGUUGUCUGUUUAAGCCUGCUUCUCUUUUCAUGUUAUUGUUGUAUACUCAUUUGGUAUGGUACAUUGGAUCUGGGUAGGAGGAACAGAAGGAGGAUCCUUUAUUUCUUUAUUGGUAAAAAAUGUUACAUGGCUUCAUCAGUUAUACUUAAACUCCAUUUUUGUGAACUGGUAGCAGUCCUGACAGAAAUGUCAUUUAGUUUUGUA